CCGCACGGGUGCCCCGCCGGGGCAGCGGGCACCUUUCGGGGGUGACGAUUUGCAGAACUCCCGUUCGCUAAACACUGGUCUUUUUUUUUUUUUUUUUUUUUUUUUUAAAGCAGCGAAAUCCAGUCCUGGACUCAACUCCCUCCACAUUUAUUUAAGGCUAAUCACCAGCUACCCUGUGAGGGGAGAGGGGUGGAAUUAAACUUAGUUUAAUUAACAUUAAUACACUGUCCUAAUUAAUGGGUUGGCUAUUAAUUUAUACAUGCUGGGGAGGCUCGCAGAUAAGUGACAAUUUAUUAAUUAUCUUCCAGCUCGGUUGCAACGGAGCUGAUUGCAGAUGGGUUGCCAAAAUAACUCGAGCAUGGUUGCGUGGUAGUUGCUUUAGAAAAAAAAAAUCAUUCUCCCCCUUCUUUAAAAAAAAAAAAAAAAGGAAGAAGAAGAAGAAAAAAAAAAUCCUCACGCUCACUCGGAGUGGCUCUUCUAACCCCAGCAAGAACUGGAGCACUCUUUUCCACCCAACUUGUGAAUCGCACUUGCCUUCUAAUUUGCCACAUGCAAAACGAUUCCUCUGCUUUGCAAGUUGCUUUUUAAGAAGGGAGAGAGAGAGGAAAAAACCCAGCUCGCACACGAGCGAUUUGUGCGUCUUAAACUGGAAGGAAAUUGUGCGUGGAGAGGGGGGGCUCGUCUUCCUCUCUCUGCCCCAACCCACCGUGCUCCAGCCCGGCGCCUCGGCUCGGGGAAGAUCCAUGGUGGCAUCCCCAUGUCAUUCUGCUCAAAGUGACUUCAUGUGAUGUCAGCUUUAAAUGUACGAGACCGUGAUCUGACGCUCAGGAAGAUGUUUGCUAUCAAAAUGUGACUGUGGCCACACUGCGCUGCUUGGAUGAGUCUCGCCGGCGCUGGGCAAAGAGCCGAGAGCGGGAGCGAGUCGCUGCUCACACCAAGUUCCCGCACGGCGGAGCGACAUGGCGAGCCCGGGGUCGCUGGAGACGGUCAUGCCUUCCUCCUGCCCCCGGCACGACGGCAGGGCCGCCGCCGCUAACCCCUCCAAGACCCUGGCCUUCUCCAUCGAGCGGAUCAUGGCCAAGACGUCGGAGCCCAAGCCAGCCUUCGAGCAGCGGCACGGCGGGCCGGGGCCGGAGCCGGGCAAGAAGCCGCUGAGCCUGUGCUCGCCCCUGCCCUGCGUGAUCCCUAUCCCGCCGCUGGGCUACGAGCUGCCCUCCAAGACUCUCAACUACUCGGAGCUGUGGAAGAGCAGCCUGCGGGGCGGCGCGGGGCUCUGCAAAGCCAACUGCGGCGUCUGCUGCAAGGCAGAGCUCGCCCUGGGCCAGCCCAGCGGCCGGCUCAUCAAGCCGCAGGUCAUCCACCAGGCAGGGGCCGUGCCGGCCGCCCCCCGCUCCCUCUACUACUUCAACUACCUGGACGCCGCGUACCACCCGGCCGACCUCCUGCACGGACAGCUCUUCCCCGCCGGCCUGCUGGGCGCCCCGCCGCCGGGGGGGCUCUCGGCCCACCAGAAGCUUUUCCUGCUGGAGAAUGCCAAGCUGGCGGGGCUGGCGGCCGAGAAGCUGCCGCCGCCGCCGCCCUUCGCCCACAAGGAGCGGCUGCCGGGACACCUGGAUCAGGUGAUGAAGGAGGCGGCGGCGGCGGAGCGCGGCGGCCCCCCCAAGGGCCACGGCAAGAUGGGGGGCGGCGGCGGCGGGGCGGCGGAGGGCAAGCCCAAAAACUUUACCUGCGAGGUCUGCGGCAAGGUGUUCAACGCGCACUACAACCUCACCCGCCACAUGCCAGUGCACACGGGGGCCCGGCCCUUCGUCUGCAAGGUCUGCGGGAAGGGCUUCCGCCAGGCCAGCACCCUGUGCCGGCACAAAAUCAUCCACACCCAGGAGAAACCCCACAAGUGCAACCAGUGCGGAAAGGCGUUCAACAGGAGCUCCACGCUCAACACCCACAUCCGCAUCCACGCCGGCUACAAACCCUUCGUCUGCGAGUUCUGCGGCAAGGGCUUCCACCAGAAAGGCAACUACAAGAACCACAAGCUGACCCACAGCGGAGAGAAGCAGUAUAAGUGCACCAUUUGCAACAAAGCCUUCCACCAGAUCUAUAACUUGACUUUCCACAUGCACACCCACAACGACAAGAAGCCCUUUACGUGUGUCACUUGCGGGAAAGGAUUUUGCAGAAACUUUGAUUUAAAGAAGCACGUCCGAAAGUUGCACGACAGCGUCUCCAGCGCUCCUCCGCCGCGGGACCCUGGGCGCAGCGGGCAGAGCUAAGGGCCCGGCGCGCCGCCCCAUUCGGACCUUCUCCACCAGGCCAGCACUAUUUAUCCAAACCAGCCUUCGCUUCUCUGUCUUUUCCCCAGCGAGCUCAGCCGCCGGUAGCAAGCGACCCCGAGCCGCAGUUGUAUAUAAGAGGAAUCUUAUUUAACGGCGCGUUGCGCCGCCGGAGCGGGCCAGGAGGGGCCGGGCUGGCCGCCCCCCGCGCCAGGACAGCGCUCUUUAUACGUGUCUGUAAAUCUCCAUUUUAAAUGUACGCUCGAAUAAGUGAGGAAUAUAUAUCUAUAUCUAUAUCUAUCAUGGGACAAUAAACCGGCCCUUCGCAGGUG